UCAUUCGAUAAUCGAAUCCAAGGUGUAUUUUCCACGAAUUAUCAGAUAAAUUUUCUAUAUUCAUAUAUUGUAAUACACUAUAUAUAUCACACAAAACGGAGAGAUGUAAUGGAGCAGAAUAUUUGUAUAAUUAUUACAAAGUCACUGGAUUUUCCAUACAUCGAACAAAGACCCAUUUCUUCACACAGUACCUGGUUUUUCUCCCCACAGAUUAAUCACACACGAAAAUAUGAAAUUCGAACGCUCCUAAGUCCUAACAAGUUUUGAUUAGAUAUUUGUAGUUCUGAUUGUUUGGGAAGAAAUGGAGCCGUCUCUGAAAUCAAUUGAUGAGGUGGUUGAAGAGAUCAUGAGAAUUCACAGAUCUUUGCCGACGAGACCUGAGAUUGAUGAGGUUGAAGCUGCGAAGACAUUGAUUGAGAACGUGGAGAAGGAGGACCAGCUGAGAAUUGAGGCCAUAGCGAGGCAGACGAAGAGUGCCAACGUGCCCGAAGAGCUGUUCAUGGUGUUACAAGAGAUGCAGAAGAGUUUGGUUUAUUUUCAGAGCCAAGAACAGAAGAGGGAAGCUAUGAGAUUGCUGGAUCUUGAGAACAUCCACACCCUGUUCGGUGAUUUGAUCCAGAGAGCUGCGAAAUGCGCUUCUUCCAACCCGGCCUCCAUUUCUCAUCAAUCCAAUUACCCCAGCACCUCCAAUUUGUCCACGAAUUCGAGCAAAUUUUCAUUGAUGAAUUCUGCUUCCUUUUCUGGUCGGGAGUUGAAUUCGCCUGUUGCUACCACUACCACUUCGUCGUCGAGCUUGUACUAUGAGAAAGAUCCUGUUAGGAAUUCGGAGUUGUUCACCAGAGAUGACAGUUAUUUGAAGAAGGUGAAGUCCGCAUUAUAUGUUGAUGGAAUUGGUUCUCGAUUUCAACCCAGCGACAUGUCAGCAACGCAGAUUAUGGAUUCCACUCUAAAAUCUCCAAGGAGUUCAGGUCAAGAUGCUGAGAAAUUCAGUCUAAUAAAGCUUGCUAGUCUGAUUGAAGUAUCUUCAAAGAAAGGCACUCGAGAUCUUAAUCUUCAGAAUAAAUUGUUGGACCAAAUUGAUUGGCUCCCUGAUUCGAUCGGGAAGUUGUCAAGUUUGAUCACGCUAGAUUUGUCUGAGAAUCAGAUUGUGACCUUGCCAGCAACGAUUGGAGGACUUGCAUCAUUGACAAAAUUGGAUCUUCAUUCAAACAGAAUCAAUGAACUCCCAGAGUCCAUUGUCAAUCUCCUUAGCCUGGUCUUUCUUGACCUGAGGGCUAACCGGCUAACACAUCUGCCUCCUGCAUUCGGCCAAUUGGUCCAUCUCGAGGAGCUUGAUUUGAGCUCGAAUCAGCUCUCUACACUCCCUCAGUCAACAGGGUCUCUUGUCAGCCUCAAGAAAUUGAAUGUAGAGACUAAUAACAUUGAAGAAUUUCCGCACACAAUUGGCCAGUUGUCUUCACUCAAGGAGCUUCGAGCUGACUAUAACCGUCUUAAAGCCCUUCCUGAAGCUGUAGGGCGACUUGGAUCCCUGGAAAUUUUAACUGUACGUUACAAUAACAUUAAACAAUUGCCUACCACAAUGUCUUCUUUAUCAAGCUUGAUGGAGCUUGAUGUAAGUUUUAAUGAGCUCGAGUCGGUGCCUGAGAGCUUAUGUUUUGCUACUUCACUUGUCAAGAUAAACAUUAGCAACAAUUUUGCUGAUUUAAGAUCACUUCCGAGGUCUAUCGGGAACCUUGAAAUGCUUGAAGAGUUGGAUAUUAGCAAUAAUCAAAUACGGGUCCUUCCGGAUUCCUUUGGGAUGCUAUUGCGACUACGUAUACUACGCGUGGAAGGGAAUCCUAUUGAAGUUCCACCAAACAAUAUACUUGAAAUAGGUCCACAGUCUGUUGUAAAGUACAUGGCUGAACUUGUUGCAAAGAGGGGCGUCAAGUCACAACCAGUUAAGCAGAAGAAAGCUUGGUAUCAGAUAUGCUGCUGUUCAAGGUCUAACAAACGGAAGCGAAAUGGUAUGAGCACGUGAAGGAAAGAUUUUGCAGUGUUUAGGACCAAGUGACACACAACAAAAUUUUUGCUGGGGAAAUUGAGCUGUCAGUGGGUUUGAAGAAAUCCGAGAUCUCAGAGGAACCUUCUGCCCACAGUUAAUGAGGCACUAGCUUUUCAGAUAUGGUUUUGAUCCUUCUUCUCAAGUUGUAGAUUUUUUUUUGGUCCUAAUAUCUCCCAUUCUCCCUUUCCCUCUUUUCCACUUGUAUUUAUUAUGUUCUUGAUCUAAAAUAAGAUGUACAAUUGAUUGUCUUCAACCAGCAAAAUGUGGUUGAAAAAUGUUGUAUGUAUUAUGUAAUAUCCCUAAAUGUUAAAUGAAGUAUGAGUUUACCUUA